AUGUCCGCCAGCGAGUUUGAAUACGACUCCGAGGAAGAGUACGCGAGCUCUGUGUCGCUUGACGAGCUCGAGGCGCUGUCUCUGACGGAUUCUGUGCACUACACGCACAAAAACAGACAGACGGCCACCGGCCUGAGCACGCAUCGCAUGCGGUACAAGCCCGUGGAGGCGGACGAGAUCGAGGGCCAGCUCAAGGCCCAUAUCAGGGACGUCGACGGCAUUCUGCAGAUCGGCGAGGACGACUGCGCCGUUCUGAUGCUCAAGUACGAGUGGAACGAGCAGAAGCUGCUGGAGGACUUCACUACGAAAGAGCCGGGUAACCUGCGUCGAGAGUGCGGGCUUGCGACAGACACGAAGGUGGUGUCUGGGCUGGUGGAGACGGCCGGGCCGGAGUUUAUGUGUGCGAUCUGCUGCAGCGAGGGCCCCGUCGAGACGUUCGGGCUCUCGUGGUGUGAUCAUCGGUACUGUGUUGAUUGCUAUGUGCGCUAUGUCAGAGGCGGCCAGACCGGGCUCGUCAAGUGUCCCGACACUGGCUGUCGUCUGUAUGUGCGGCCCGGUGAGCUGGCGCAGCUGAGCGCGUUUGACGAGCAGAGAGCGCUGCAAAAAGAAGAGAAAGAGCGGCAGGAACAAAGACAAAACUUGGGUGGUCCGUUAACCUCGGAGCAGAUCAUGGCCAAGUACCAGAAGAUAGCAAGCGAGAGUUCUGACGAGGAGGACGCAGAGCCAGCGAACGACGACGAGAGCGCCGACGACGCGCUGUUCAACUUCCACGAACGCCAUAUUCGCCAACAGCGGCUCGAAAAACAGGAACGCCGCAACAAAGUGCUUCUGUCGCGCUAUUGGUACGCGGUGGUUCUCCAGUACACAAAGAAACACGCCCGGACGUUUAGGAACUGUCCCGCGGUCGACUGCGAGUGUUUCAUCCAGUACAGGGGCUUCGACUCGGACGUGAUCAGCUCUGUGGAGGAGUACGUUGCACACAAGUACAUCCCCAUCGUGCAGUGUGCCAAUGGCCAUCGGUUCUGCUUUGCGUGCAUGAGCGAGGACCACGCCCCGGCCACGUGCGCUGUAGUUCGCAAAUGGAUCCAGACCUGUGCAGACGAGACGGAAACGUCGCACUGGAUCACGGCAAACACUAAAGACUGUCCCAAAUGCUCGUCGCCAAUUGAGAAGAAUGGAGGCUGCAACCACAUGACCUGCGGAGAGUGCCACUACCAGUUCUGCUGGAUCUGUCUGGGCGAUUGGAGUCGCCACAAAAACAACUUUGUGUGCACAAGCUUUGACGACGAAGAAGCCAAGAAGGAGCGUGAGAAACAGGAAACGUCGCGAGUGUCGCUCAAAAAAUACCUGUUUUAUUUCGACCUGUUUGAGAUUCACCGCGUCUCGCUCAAAAAGGACACAGAGUUCCUUGCCAAACUCGAGUACAAAGUCCAGGAAAUACAGCAACGGGCUAAGGUGUCGUGGAUCGAGGCGCACUUCUACCGCGAGUCGAUCGAUACCCUGCUGAAAUGCCGUAUCACGCUGAUGUGGUCGUAUGCCCUGAUGUUCUAUCUCGAGAGCUCGAAGGAGAAAGGCAUGCUCGAGAAAACACAAAGUAACCUCUCCAACCAUGUGGAGGCCCUCUCUAAAUUGUUUGAAGUCACUCCGACAGAGAACGUGAUCAAAAAGAAGGAAACGUUCCUCACCAAAGCUAAUGCUCUUAAAACCUCACACGAGAAAUGCAUUGAAAUAUUUAUGGAAUCCCUCGUGCUCAACCGUAUCAAGUUCGUUUCCGAUAUCGAAUAG